CUCUCUGUCUCUCUCUCUCUCUGUGUCUCCGUCAGUCAGCCUCACGCACUCAGACGAACCCAGAGCAUGUGUGAGGGAGGACGUGAUGUGUCAUGGCGUAGUCGGCUGCUCUCUGUGAAUGCUGUUUAAGUGUGUUGACACACUCGGCUGCCGCUGUCACUCUCAUCGCCGCAUGUGCGCCUGCCAACCGGCCGUCCUGGAUAGCAACAUGUUCCGCCGAACCAAGAGUUGCCGCACCAGUAACCGCAAGAGCCUGAUCUUGACCAGCACGUCUCCCACUCUUCCCCGGCCUCACUCUCCUCUGCCGGGACACAUCGGAAGCAGUCCGCUGGACAGUCCUAGGACCUUCUCCCCCAGCGCACCGGCCCAUUUCUCUUUUGCAUCAUCCAGAAGGGCUGAUGGCAGACGCUGGUCUCUGGCCUCUCUUCCCUCCUCUGGAUAUGGGACCAACACACCCAGCUCAACGAAGUGCAUUUAUUCAGUCGCAGAACAAGCACAUCAAACAGGAGACGUCUCAGACGCCAGGCGCGAGUCAAACGAGUGCGGAAACUGUACUGUGCUCGCAGCGCGUGCUCUUCAAUACACGCACAAAGUCUUCCAGCUCGUCCCAGGAGCGGCUGCAUCAGUUGCCGUUCCAGCCCACACUGGACGAGCUGCACUUCCUGUCCAAACACUUUGGCAGCACUGAGAGCAUCACUGACGACGACGGCCGGAGAUCACCGCAUGUGCGGCCGCGCUCGCGGAGUCUGAGUCCAGGGCGAUCACCUUCCUGUUACGACAAUGAGAUUGUUAUGAUGAACCAUGUUUAUAAGGAGCGGUUCCCUAAGGCCACGGCUCAGAUGGAGGAGCGCUUGGCUGAGUUCAUCGAGUCGUUUUCGCCUGAGAACGUGCUGCCGCUGGCCGACGGGGUCCUCAGCUUCAUCCACCACCAGAUUGCAGAGCUGUGCCGAAACUGCCUGACCAAAUCUCGUGAAGGAGUCAUCACCACCGUCUACUUCUACGAGCUGCAGGAAAACCUGGAGAAGCUGCUGCAUGAAGCCUAUGAGCGAUCAGAGAGCUCGGAGCUGAACUUCAUCACAGAGCUGGUGAAGAAACUCUUCAUCAUCAUCUCCCGCCCUGCCAGACUGCUCGAAUGUCUGGAGUUUAACCCUGAAGAGUUCUACCACCUACUGGAGGCAGCAGAAGACCACGCCAAAGAGGGCCAGCUAAUGAAAGCAGACAUCCCACGGUACAUCAUCAGCCAGCUCGGCCUGACCAGAGACCCUCUGGAAGAAAUGGUGAAUUUGGAGAGUUAUGACAGCGAGGGACCCCACACACCAGAGACGGACGACUCUGCUGAAGGGAAGCUCAAAGCCAUCAAACCGCCCUGUGAAUCAGACUUCCAAACUAUCAAACUCAUCAGCAACGGAGCGUAUGGAGCUGUGUAUUUAGUCAGACACAGAGAGACGCGGCAGCGCUUUGCUAUGAAGAAGAUCAACAAACAAAACCUGAUCCUGCGGAACCAGAUCCAGCAGGCGUUCGUGGAGCGGGACAUCCUGACCUUCGCCGAGAACCCCUUUGUGGUCAGCAUGUUCUGCUCUUUUGAGACACGCCGUCACCUGUGUAUGGUUAUGGAGUAUGUGGAGGGUGGUGACUGUGCAACCCUGCUGAAAAAUAUCGGAGCCCUUCCUGUGGAAAUGACCCGGAUGUACUUUGCUGAAACCGUUUUAGCGCUGGAGUACAUUCAUAAUUAUGGCAUCGUACACCGAGACCUGAAACCAGACAAUCUGUUGAUCACGUCGAUGGGCCACAUUAAGCUGACAGAUUUUGGCUUGUCAAAGAUGGGGCUCAUGAGUCUCACCACUAACCUGUACGAGGGACACAUUGAGAAGGACACCAGGGAGUUCCUGGACAAACAGGUGUGUGGCACACCGGAGUAUAUCGCCCCGGAGGUCAUUCUCAGGCAGGGCUAUGGGAAACCAGUGGACUGGUGGGCCAUGGGCAUCAUCCUCUACGAAUUCCUAGUGGGCUGCGUGCCGUUCUUCGGAGACACGCCUGAAGAGCUCUUUGGUCAGGUGAUCACAGAUGAUAUUGAGUGGCCUGUGGGAGACGAGGCGCUGCCUAGUGAAGCUCAGAGCCUGAUUUCCGCCCUGCUGCAAACCAACCCACUAGAGCGACUGGGCACAGGUGGAGCGUUUGAAGUGAAGCAGCACUCGUUUUUCACGGGAUUGGACUGGAAUGGUUUACUCCGACAGAAGGCCGAGUUUAUCCCUCAUCUAGAGUCUGAGGAGGACACCAGCUAUUUCGACACGCGGUCUGAGCGUUAUCGGCACAUCAACUCCUAUGACGAGGACGACACCAACGACGAUGAGCCAGUAGAGAUAAGACAGUUCUCCUCCUGCUCGCCGCGCUUCAGCAAGGUGUAUAGCAGCAUGGAGCACCUGUCCCAGCUGGAGCAGAAGACCCCUGUAGUGACCCGUCGAGAGCACAAAGGUCGCCGCGAUGACAAGAUGGCCAAGCGGGAGAGUCUGGGAAGCUUCACUAUGAGGGACAAGAGCUGGAGGACGGGCUCACCUGAGAUGAAGCGUCUAUCAUGCUCUGAGUCUCUGUAUAUGGAGGGAGAUUGCAGUCCUCCGAUGGGCGCCCGGCGCCGUUUUUCAGCCCUAAUGGACACGCACCGCUUUGCCGCUCCUCAAGAGGGCAAUGGAGAGCUCUCCGAAAAACAGGGUGCCGUUAAAGCCCCGGGAUCAUCAUUAGAGGGAGCCAUUGCUCCACCAUCGCCCAGUGCUAAUGAACUGAGGAACGGUGCGAAGGAAGUGAUGUCAGCCAGUAAAGGCCCAGACAUUUUUUCUGUGUAUGUAAAUUUGGCAGACAAGCCAUCAAGACCAGGUGAGAUAUCAGCACCACAGGCCAUACCAUCUACAGGAGCCGUUGCAGUGGUCGGUAGGGACGUGGUCAUGGGUGACACUGUCGGACAGCGAGCGACCAAGGAUCUGGUGCUUCGGCAAGCACGUCAUCAGCAGCUGUCAAGCGAUGGGGAGAAACGCAGCUCACGUCCCAGCAACAAGGUCAUUAAAUCUGCAUCUGCCACCGCGUUGUCUGUCAUCAUACCUGGAGUUGAGCAGCACGGUAGCUCUCCACUGGCCAGUCCGAUGUCCCCACGCUCUCUCUCGUCCAACCCCUCAUCGCGAGACUCCUCUCCCAGCCGUGAUUACUGCCCUGCAGUAACAGUUCUUCGUUCACCAAUUACCAUCCACCGCUCUGGCAAAAAGUAUGGGUUCACUCUCCGUGCCAUUCGGGUCUACAUGGGAGACACUGACGUCUACAGUGUGCACCACAUAGUCUGGCAUGUGGAGGACGGAGGCCCUGCUCAGGAGGCGGGACUAUGUGCUGGUGACCUCAUCACUCAUGUUAAUGGUGAAUCUGUGCAUGGAUUGGUCCAUACCGAGGUGGUAGAGCUUAUCCUUAAGAGUGGAAACAAGGUGACUGUGACCACAACGCCUUUUGAGAACACAUCCAUUAAAGUGGGACCAGCACGCAAGUCCAGUUACAAGUCCAAGAUGGCUAGACGCAGUAAGAGGACGGUCAAAGAGGGACAGGAAAGUAAGAGGCGUGGGUCUUUGUUCCGCAAAAUAACUAAGCAAUCCAACCUGCUGCACACAAGCCGUAGCCUGUCAUCUCUGAACCGGUCCCUGUCGUCCAGCGAUAGUCUUCCUGGCUCUCCGACACACAGCCUGUCCGGUCACUCCCCUACCCAGAGCUACCGCUCAGCCCCUGAGUCAUCCCACCUUGGUGCCUCCUCCCAGAGCAGUUCUCCUGCUUCCAGUACCCCAAAUUCCCCCGCAACAACCCAGCAUAUGAGACCCAGCUCCCUGCAUGGACUUUCCCCCAAACUACACCGCCAAUACCGUUCAGCCCGCUGCAAAUCAGCGGGCAACAUUCCUUUGUCUCCAUUGGCUCAUACACCAUCCCCAACUCAGUCCUCACCACCUCCUUUGCCUGGGCACACAGUCGGAAGCUCCAACACCACCCAAACCUUUCCGGCCAAACUACACUCGUCCCCACCAAACAUAAGGCCUAGACCCAAGAGUGCCGAGCCACCCAGAUCACCGCUACUCAAAAGAGUGCAAUCAGCAGAGAAACUUGGGUCACCACUUUCAUCUUCAUCCGAGAAGAAAGGUGGGAUUGGGGUGAUGAGAAAGCACAGUUUGGAGAUCGGACAUUCGGAUUAUCGUAAGGAUGGUUUCCACUGUGAGCUUGGCCUCCAGAGCUUGGUGGAAAUUGAAGGUGAGAAUCUGGCAUCUGCCCCAACAACCUCUCCUUCACCCACCCAACCGACCUCAUCACCGCCUGAAAUGGGCGUUUUUAAGCCGGUAAGAAAGCUUGGCAGGCAGGAGUCACCUUUGAGUAGAGAUGCUUUGCUUGCCGGAAGAGAAAGGGAUCGAGACAAGGAGAGGAUUGGGGAACCAAGUCAUGCAAGUGAGCCUAAACCAGGGGCGGUCAAAGAAACACUCCCUCCUGGUGGCAUUACUCCACCUGGAAGUAAGAAAUCUCCAAGUGUUGAAGCAUCUCAGCGGCCUCCUUCCACUCUACAGGAAAUUUACCUAGCCAAGCCUCAGACUUGGCAGCCUCCAUUGACCAAGUCUUCUCCGGUAGCAUCAGAGUCCAAGCCUAGUGUAGUUGCCUGCAUUCCAUCGCCCCUGACCACAGCGUCUUCCCCGUCUGCCAAAACAACAGAUCCAAGUUUCAUCAAGGAAGUGGGAAAGGAUGACCAAGGAAGUCUUACAAAAGUUGCCCAGGCAAUAGGAAUCACUAAGCCUUCAUGCUCUGCAAGUGCAUCAGGUGUUAUCAGCAAAGACUUGUCGGAGAAAGAAGGGGGAAAGGAUACUGGGAAAAAAGAGGUGAAACCAGAAUUUGGGAAAACUUCAGUUUCAGUCAAGCCAAGUAUGCCAUGCAGUGCUCCUGGGAAGACAACAAGCACAGAGGUAACCAAAGCAAGUAAGGGACCAGGUGAUGGCGAGGGUCUCAAAAAGAGCGUCUUAGAUUCCCAUACCAGAACUUUAGAUGUCAGGGCGAGGACUGCUCCAUCCAAAGGGGUUGUCCCGUCUCACCCACCCCAAACGCAGUGCUCUGCUUUGGGAAAACUUAGGCAGGACAAGGGCUUAUCUCCGGUCAGCUGCUACCGGGGAACAUUGGAUUGGGAAGACAAAUGUCUCUUGGAGGUUGUUGAGGAACACUCUCCAUCUCCCACUCCUUCUCCAACUGGAGUGCCUCCUGGUCUGCCCAAAACUGAACUUCAGUCUCCUGGUGAGAAAUCUGGUUCGGCUACACAGUUGACAAGCACAGGGAAAUCUAUAGGGCCUGUUAAAGGUGGAACUCAGGAGGGGCCCAAGGCCAAAGAUACCACCAAAUCGUUGGAGGUCACCCAGGCAUGUGCACCAGGAAGACCUGAUCCUGCUUCUGGCAGUAGACCAACUUCCAAAGGAGUCAGUCAGAGUCCUACUAGCACCUCCCCGCAGGUGAAGACUGUCAUUACUCCUAAGAAUGGCUCUUGAUCGUGUGCUAGUUGGAAAAAUGAUUGCCUUUAUUGAGGGUUUAGCGUAAUUCAAUGUUUUCAAGCACUUAGAAAUUUAGGGACAUUCCAGCCAGUGAAAAAAAGGACUAAAUCAUAUUAUGCGGAACAAAGGACAACAACUCCAAGGUUAUUUUAAAGGCUGUUAUUUAUUGUACAUGCAGAGCUGCAUCAGAAAAAGAGUAUAGAUGUAUUAUAUUAGAAUGUGUGUUGGCUGUUUGUGUGUGCGAGGAGGUGCAUGUUUCGUGGUGCUUGUGCUACAAGGUGAAAUAUCAACAAGUGCAAAGUGCUUUAACAGAUCAAACAAUGCUGAAUACUGUGAACACCAAAACAAUGUUCCUACUUUUUCUAAGGUGACCAACUACAUAAUUUCCUUAACCACAAAAACUGAAAAGAAUUUGCUCAAGAUAAAAGCUUAUCAAGUUUUUGAAUUAAGAACAUAAUCAAGGACACAUUGCUUCCGUUGCUGUAAUUUUUUGGCUUGUUACAUGAUUCAGGAGUUUCUAAUCAGGUUUAGCAUAUCCAUUAAUAGUUAGUGCAUACUGCUUUAGCCAUGAGGAGAAUGUCGGCACAAAUAGCCUUGUGGGCAGCACACCGACAUGUAUCGCCAUUGUGCUUCGGGUGUCCCGAGUUUGAAUCCCAGCUCGUGGACCUUUCCCGAACCCCCCCCCCCCACUUCCUGUCCUAUCGAAAUAAAAGGCAUGGGAAUGCCAAAAAUAAAGCCAUGAGGAGGAUGCUGGCUAAACCAUAGAUUCAUUAAAAUUGUAUCUUAACCAAGUCUCUCAUCAUACUGAAUGUCUAAACUGUUGACAUUUUGUCGAUUUUGUUGAUCGCUGCCUUCUGAGGUAAAUAUCAUUGGCCCUUUAUGGCAAGCUGGUAUCCACUUUUGAAUGGGGAAUGUCUAAAACUUCUUAAAUCACCAAUAAUUUUGCUAUUAAUUCUCAAAUCAAACUAACUAGACAAUAUUGUUCAACCAUUGACAACCACUGAUCUUACCAUAGAAGAAGACAGUUCCUUAGUAUGCAUUGGCAAGCAGGCACCUCUAUGUUUGCAUACUUGCCAAGAGUAUGUUUCUAGCCUUACAGUGUCUCUGUAAAUAAGUUUACAGGCAGAUUUGAUUCAUACUCACAAAUAGGUCAGUGUUAUCCACAGCUCUUGACACGGAUUGGUGCAUCUUUACGCUCUUCUUUGCUACUCAAUUCUCUUUAAAAGUGAUCGUUGACCUCACUGUGACUCUAGCGCUCAAGUCUCAUAUUCGCUACCUGAAUAAUAGUUCUUAAACCAUGAGGGUUUGCAAUAGCAAGGGGGCAAGGUUUGGCUAGUUAGCAUGCCCCGGUUAGCCCCUGCUGGUAGAUGUCAUAACUACACCAUCUGGCUGUAAAGAGAGCACUGACAGCUAUUUAAAAGUAGCUGUGCAUUGAAAUGAAUUCUAAUGCAUUUUGAAAAUCAGUAAUAUUAGAGGAGUGGUUAAGGUUUUGAACAUCUUUGCAUCUUUGUCUGCAUUUUAUAGUGACUAUAAAAAUGUGAGAUCAUAAACUAAAAACCUUAUGGAUUUAAGUGCUAAAUGCAUAUCAACAAUUUUAGAUGGCAUCCUUCAUGAGCAUCGUCGUAACACAGGUCUUGAUUACAGAGAUUGUUGGAUCAGCACAUUUAUGAUGAUUGUUGGAAUCUGCAGGGUGAAGGAGGAUUGUAUGGUAAAUAUAUUCUAUAGUUACUCAAGCAUCAGUAAAUGUCACUGUUGUCAUGGCAACUCAGAGCCGGUGUAGCCUGCCAUCUGUUGGCGUUUUUUUGUGUGAUCUGAAUGUUGUUCACUAACAUGCAAUGAAAAUAUCACUAACAUUUGUUUCUAAAGUAACUCUGUUUUCACUUAAGCAUAUGCAAAACAAAUGUUUGUAGGGAUGCGACUGAUGCUUUUUUGCAGCAUUUGUUCUUUUGCCAUUUCCAAUGAAACAUCACUAGGAAACGGUUGUAAAGAUGAACAGUGGUUUUACUACAGUAACCAUAGUUUAUCUAUGGUAUUAGUAGUAAAACACAGUAAAGAAAUGGUAUAAAACAGUAAUAAACUAAAUAGUAUAAAUUGUACUUGUCUCAGUAUUAUCAAGUUAAUAAUUAUGUAAGCAAAUUCAAAAAACAGACUGAAAAGGUUUGUGCUUUCAAAAGACUCACAAAACUACACAGACAUUUGCAGUCAUUUGUCAGAUUUCGACAUUUUAUUUUGUGAACAUAUUGAACUUAUUUGUGUCAUCAUGUAAAUUUGUUUAUUUAGUAAUGCUGUGUAUAAGCAUAUUGCAUAAAUCUGCAUAUGAGCAUAUUGCUAAAAAUAAUACAAAUAUAUAUCAUAUGAUAACUGAUUUGAGGCGUCGCAGGAAUAGAUGGAGUUAUGCUGCCAUCUGAUGGCUAACAGGAACACUGUCACUAUUUUACACCCUAUAUUUACAUGGUAAUAGUAAUAGGAGUUGCAAGCGGUGACAAGACCAAGAGUGCUUUAUUUAUUUGUUUUUCAUAGUACCGUACAGAGGUAUUGAUUUACUGUAGCAUGAUGAUGCCUUUGGAUAGACAUUUAGAUAUCUAUUAAUCCUUCCGUAAAUGUAGUCUGACGCUGAUUAUCUCUCAAGCAGCUCUGUCAUCUGAAAUAUCUUUUGCUGUUUCAUAUCUGGUUUCAGUGUUAGUGAGAUUUCUUUAUAUCUAUUAAAAACAUUUAUUUAUUGUAGUAUACAGAAACUCAACACAGAGUAUAUCAGAGAGUUAUUUGGAUGUAUCAGUGAAAUGGAGAAGUGACGACAACAUAUGCACAAAAUAAUGUAAAGAUUUUGGGUGAAUGUGUUAAUGUAUCUGAUGUUAUGUUUGUAACACACCAUUUUCUUUUUUUGCUGUUUCAUAAUUGCCAUUCUCGUCAUAUUCGGCCCUUUCCCGUGCAUGAACUCUCAGUUGUGGUUAAAGGCAACUAACACUUCACUGGCCUGAAUGUUUCCACUUUAGAUCAUGUGACUGUUAUAGCUGAUCGAAUAUGAGACUAAUGUUUUAUAAUGUUCACUUAAUCUGUACUGUAAAGCCCUGUGUCUUAUUCGAUUCUGAAUUGUCUGAUUUACACUGCAGUGUGAACUGAAAAACAAGAAUCCACACAUAUUAAAAGUAUGUUGUCCACUCGUAUGUAUAAGAAUAUAUUCUUAUGUGUUUGUGUUUAUGUGACCAUAUUUGCGAAUAUUUCUGUUUUUUAAUGUAAUAUCCUAUAAAAUGUGAUUAUUUUGAGAAUGCACUUUAUUUCAUGUCGGUUUUUUUAUACGUUCAUUGUUAUUUUAACAAACUGUCCAAAAUUCUGUACAAUACUGUACAUAGAGGUAAAUAAAGACCGUUCUAAUGUGAAUGUCCUACAUAGGAGAAAUGAAGAGUACAGUCUUGUAUCACCUGUUAUGUGGCAUUUUGGACAUGUAUUUGUUAAUUUAUUCUAUUUAUUUGGCUCUGUACAUCACUUUUACUUACAGCAAAUGUCAAUCGAUCCAUUAACUGAGGUGCAGUGUGUGUAGUCAAUCAAUAAAGAGAUAUUGUAUAAAAUUA